CGAUAAAGUUCCGUUGCCACAACACCAUUUGCUGUGAUCGUUCGAAAUGCACCCUCCACCUAUGGGCCAUUUGGCUCGCGCCGUGUGGCUGCUGGCCAUGGCAUCAGCUUGUGACGUGGGUCAUUAUCCGGCAAGCUUGUCGUCGUCUGAUUGUUUACCCUGCAGCUACGGCACUUGGAACGAUGGGUCACUCGGACAAUGUCAGUUUCCAGUGUCGUGUGGGCCAGGCUCUGAGCCAGCAGGAUACGCCGCGAAUGCUACCGAUUGUUUGCUAUGUGUAUCGGGCUAUUACCAUGACGCUACUGGCACGUCGUUGUGCCAACCACUGCGGUGCCCUCCCGGCUCGGCUAGCACAGUAGUCGGAGCCACGGACGCCACGGACUCUUGCUCUCCUUGCGACGAACGGACGAGCGGAGAAGGCGGCAGCAGUCGCUGUGUGCCGUGUCCCUCCAAUUCGUACGCCCCCGCUGGGUCGACCUACUGCACGCCACUGCAGUGUGCCCCAGGUGCGAUUCCCAACGCCGCGCCGACCUCCACCACUGACUGCACUCCAUGUCCUCGGGGCACGUUUCCUAAUGGCACCGCCGAUUGCGCUGCGCUCCAGUGCGCUGCAGGGCGUGAGCCGCAAGUGCCUGCCACGUCGGUGUCGGAUUGUAGGCCGUGUACUUUGGGCACGUUUUCUCCCGGCGGGGCGGAACCUUGUGCACCUACUGCGUGCUCACUGGGGUCGGUGGCUACUUUAUUGGCUACCGACGCCACAUCUUCUUGUCAGAUUUGCCCCAACGGGACUGUCUCGACGGCGGACAACACGUGUACGCCUUGUGGAGCAGGCACUUACGCGGCCGGCGACACUUGCUUGCCUGCUGACUGUCCCCCGGGCACGUACGCCCCAGCCUUGGGAGUCGAUCCAGUUUCCAGCUGUGUCGAGUGUGCUCGAGGCACGUUUGCAGCAGGGGGUGCAGCCGCGACGUGUACUUCGUUUACUUGUCCUGCGGGCUUUGAACCUAGUGCUUUGGCAGCCAAUGGCGCUGCCUGUGUUCCUUGUCCCCGAGGCUGGUAUUCACACGAAAACACUUCGCUAACAUGCCAGCCAGCGUUGUGUCCACUUGGCAACCAAGCCAAAGAGCAUGCCACGUCCGCCACGGACUGCGAAGCAUGUCCCGCGACUCAAACCUCCGUGGGAGGGGCAGCGCUUUGCGGCGCUCCGAACUGCACUCAGGGAUUCGCGCCAACAGUGGACGGCAGGACGUGUACCCCAUGCCCCCUCGGGACUUUUAGUCCUGGCGAAGGGAUUCCUUGUGAACCCACACAGUGCCCCCCCAGCUCUGUACCUCGGAAGGAUGCUAGCAAUGCGUCGGACUGCGUGCCCUGUGACGACGGCUGGACGAACGAAGGAGGGGUACAACUCACGUGCACCCAGUGCAGCUACGGCGACUUUCGCAACGCUUCCAUGGAAAUUUGUGCCCCGGCCAACUGCGACGAUGGAUGGGAAGCCACGGCUGGCGCGACCCACAGCCGCGACUGCACGAUCUGUCCCCAAGGCACGUACGGCCAGCACAACCGCUGCAGCCCCACCACGUGUGCGCGUCACACCUCUAGUCCAAAGGGUGCCGUGGACCCCACUGCCAACUGCGACGCGUGUGCCCCGGGGUACCUGUCUGCAGGCGGACAGGCCCCGUGCGAGCCCGCGACUUGCGCUCGUGGAUCGGCGUGGCAAAGUGAUUUGGAUGGGUGUGCGUUGUGUCCCGCAGGCACGUUUGGACGAGGCGAAGCCACCCUGUGUGCGCCCAUGGAAUGCCCUCCUGGGUUUAGCUCCACGGUGGUGGGCGCCACCCAUCCAACAGACACGUGCACCCAGUGUGAAAGAGGUUGGUAUGGAACGGGGAGUGGGAUGGCCUGUGCGUUGGUGAAUUGUGCUCCUGGCAGCAUAGCCUCGGAUGGGCCAACAGUUUCCAUCGACGAAUGCACUCCUUGCCAAGCCGGUUCGUUUUCAACGGGUGGCGAGAAUGCACUGAGUUGCGCAGCGUGCCCUGAAGGCACGUACUCGUCCGAAGGUCAGCCUGAUUGCCAUCCGACGGAAUGUUUGCCUGGGUGGAGCUACCACGUGAACGCGACGUCUGCCACCGACUGCGGGCCGUGCGACGUCGGAUUUUCGUCCAACGGGGGCUCGUCGCCUUGCUUUCCGAUCGCGUGUCCGCCUGGCGAGUACGCCACGGAAAGCUCCGCGGAAUGCUCCACGUGUCCUCCUGGCACGUAUUCGGACGGAGACUCGAUUUGCAAGCCGACGGCGUGUGCCCCGGGGUCCGGCGCCGCCGUGGGAGCUACCCACCCCACGUCCAACUGCCAAGUGUGUGGUCGGGGGGAGUUUAGCCUGGGCGACGAUCAACCGUGCACGCCCACCGCUUGUCCUGUCGGCACGGCGUCCAGCGUCGAAGGGUCCGACUUGGAAAAGGGCAACUGCUUGCCGUGCGCCGAAGGGUACUUCAGUGCCGGCGGGGCGGAUCAGUGCAAGCAGGCGCGAUGUCCUGCAGGCGCCUUCUUCCCACUGGGAGCCAAAGAUUCGUUGACUAGCUGCCAAGUGUGUCCUGCUGGCACCUAUAGUGAUGGCACAACCGCGGGGCCGUGCGCCAAUACCACUUGCCCCCCAAGCUCGGCGUCACCCUUGGGGGCCGUCGACCCCAUUGCCCAAUGCCAAGCGUGUACAUUGGGAACGUACAGUCCAGGCGGCACCGUGCCAUGUGUGGACUCCAAGUGUCUGCCUGGGUUUGAACCUGUGGUUAAUAUGACGUCAGCAUCAGACGAAUGCAAAGCGUGCGGUCCUGGGACGUUCUCGGCAGGCGGGACGGAUGUAUGCCGACCCACCUUGUGUGCGCCUGGCACUUCCUCUAACGCUACCAAGGCGUCGCAUGCCACUCGUACGUGCACCGGGUGCAGCUACGGCUGGUUCAGUGCAGGGGGUGCAGCCCAGUGUGCCGCAAUGGACUGCGUUCCUGGUAGCGCGUCCAAUGCAACCCACCCCACUGCAGGUGCAAGUGACUCGAACUCUGCUUGUACAACGUGUCCUGCGGGGUACUACAGCCGCGGACUUGACUCUGCGUGUGCACCCACCACUUGUCCACCAGGCUCUGCUGCACCCAUCGGCAGCACCGACCCACUGGCCGACUGUGUCACCUGCGACGCUGGGUCGUUCAGCCCAGGCGGCACCAUUCCGUGUGCGCCCACCCAAUGUGUCGCUGGAUCUGCCGCGCCUGCGCAGGCCAUCAGUGCCACUGCCAAUUGCUCUCAGUGUGCUGCCGGAACGUUCUCGGAAGGCGGCACCGAGUCGUGCGACCGCCAGACGUCCUGCCCCCAGGGCUUUUCGUCGCCGGCAGGGGCGUCGAGCGCGCAAGGCCAAUGCGCGCUAUGUUUACCUGGGUGGUUUAGCCCAGGCCAAGACCAACCCUGCACCCAACUGGCAUGCCCCGACGGUCAAGGGGCUGCCGAAGGCACCAACAUAUGCCUCGACUGCCCCCCAGGGUACUAUGGCAAUGAUGCAAUCUGCAAACCGAUGGCGUGUCCACUGGGCACCGCCUCCAACGCCGUCGCCGCCACAUCCCCGACCGACACUUGCGUGCUCUGCCCAGCAGGGACGUUUUCUGCUGGCGGGGUCCACCGAUGCCGACCUACGCAUUGCCCAGCGGGAACUGCCUCCCCUGCGGGUGCGGACGUCCCCAUGGGCCAAUGUGCGUGGUGCCCCAGCGGCCACUUUUCCGCCGGUGGAUCCGAUGCCUGUGGGGCUGCCACGUGUCCACCAGGCUCGGCCAUGCCCGCCGGCGCCGCGUCUGCCAGCGACUGCUUUCCGUGUGCGGACGGGUACUACUCUGCCGGCCACUCGACAUCGUGCAUCGCAUGUGCGUGCGACGAGCCCACUCAAAGUUGUUUUCACGGUGCGAACGAAUGUCGCGCUUGCUUGGACCCGUCGGCGGCGUGGCACUCGGACACCAAGACCUGCGUUGGUCCCGAAGCGACCUCCCAAGAGCACGUUGUGCACACCAAGGCGACCAUCGUUGGGCUGCCUCCAUCUUUGUGGAGUCCGUCGCUGACCCAAGCAUGGGCCAAAGUCGUGGCGGAUGUGAUUCCGUCCGCGAAAACGACCCUCGCGUCCGUCGAUGCUGCCACGUCAAUCACCGACCCCCUUGGAGCGACGACGCUGGUGUUGGUCACGACAGUCGCCACUGCCGACGACGCGUCGACGCUUCGGGGUCUGUACGCAUCCAAAGCGUGGCUGGCGUCGCUGCAAGCAGCCGCUCCAUUCCGCAGCCGACUCUCGGCGGUCGUGGCUGAAGACGUAAGUCCUAGCGUUGUUGUGUCGUUGGCUCAAACGGAUUCGAGUGUGAGCACUGGAUUGCGCAACGUGGCGAUGGCCGCGAUAGCCUCUGUGGGUGGUGUAGCGCUGGUGCUGGUCGUGCUCGUUCUCGUGCGGCGACGCCACCACCGAGACGUUGGCGACAAGGCGACAUGCGAGCCCGCGACUGUGCUGGCCAUUAUCUCGGCCAGUCUUUGAGGCUGUUGCAUGUUAACUUGAAAUAUACUACUAGUAUCGUGCAUGUGAACAUUGACAACACCAC